AUGGCAACAAUGUCACCCCCUCCCCCUGUUCUCGAUUCCAAUUCCAGCUCGUCAGAUCUUCCCCCAGGCGCCUUUAUCGCCUCGAUCACCGCCGCGUUUCUUGCCUUCGUCGGUCUUUUCCUGUGCCUCGUUUUCGCUCGCUGGUUCAUUGCUCCUGAACCAGAACAGGAGGACGACAGGAAUAACCAGCGGCGGAGACUUUUCGGCUUGGAUAAAGACCUCGUCAAGAGCUUUCCGACCUUCGUUUUCGCAGCUGAGCAAGCCAAGGAGAGCGACUGUGUCAGUUUCCGUCAGUGCUGCAUCUGCUUACAAGACUACGAACCAGGCGACGAAAUCAAGUCUCUUCCGGUUUGCGGUCACAGGUUCCACGAAUCGUGUAUCGACAUGUGGCUGGAAGGGAAGAGAACUUGUCCAGUGUGCCGGGCGAAUCUCAGACCCAAGCCAUCGGUCGACAGCGGGUCGAAGUCCGCGACGGAUGGCGAACACGGGGAAGCAGAUGUCGUGAUCGCCAUCAAUCAACUUUGCGACAGCAAUGGACAGUGUUGCAACCCAGCUUUGUGUGACAACGCCUUUUCCCGCCGUCGCCGGGCGAAUCUGGCGCUCGAAAAUGGCGGCGCCUCACGCGGAAGGCCGGGAACGCGGGGACUGGAAGACGCGCUCGUUGAUUCCUUCCCCACGUUCAUGUUCUCCCCGGAAACGGCGGAGAGCGAUAAAUUCGUGGAGUACGGCGGUUUGAAGUUACCGGGAGAGGAAGGAAGAGGGGAUUUGGAGGGCGGGAAGGCGGUACCGAACUGGGGGGAAGGAGAGGGAUUUCGCGAGUGCGCGGUGUGCUUGGCGGAGUAUGUUUCCGGGGACAUGCUGAAACUGCUCCCCCCGUGCGGGCACGUGUUCCACGUGGACUGCAUUGACACGUGGCUCCAAGGAAAAACGACCUGCCCGAUAUGCCGCCGACACAUCGGUCCAAGUGCUGAAGUCAAGGAAGGAGAUUCAGAAGGAGGCGGGAUAGCGGGAGAUAGGGGACAACAAAUCGAGAGGGGAGAGCAAGGGGAGAGCAGCACGGGGGGAGGUUUAGCGGGUCUGGAAGCCGACAGAGAGGAGUUAGGGCAGCAAGCGGUGGCAGGAGCAGGUAGGGGGGUAGCAGAGGGGGAGACUUCGGCAAAUUCUGUGCCACAGAGUGCGAAUUCGGUUCCAAUUGAGCAGCAGUCCGUUUCAGCAGCAACCGCUGGGGGAGGCUUACCCUCAGUGUGGGUUCGACUGUGGUCAUUGUGGUUGAGAGAAGCUGCGACUCCUCCCGGGGUAGAUGGCCGCGUUCUUGAAUCUGUUCCGGUGGCCCCGUCCCCAUCUGCCGUGGUCUUUAUUCCUCCCUCUGGUGUAUCAUAG